AUGGCGAUGAUUCCAGUCCUCUUCUUUACUCCAGUGUUCCCUUUGAGCUGCUCCUCACCAGCUAAUAACCAAGUUCUUUGUCACCUGAUUCAGAGAUCUCACCAUUUCUUGCCACAACGGUGGACUGUGAAGAUGGAGACAUCCAAGUCGAUAGCGUUAGCAGCGGACGUGCGACGGCUGAAGACGAAGGCCGCCUGCCUUGCAAAGAACAGGUCGAUGCAGCGUCUGUGCCUCUCUUGCAAGUUGUCGUGCCUGGUGGAUAGCCUCUGGAUCAUCCAAUGGGCCUGCGAAGCUGCAGAGAAGCAACCGGAGCACGAAAAGAACGUGGAAACGUGGGUGAAAGAUCUGGAGGUGGCGGUCCUGCGUGCGGAUGAUAUACUGGAUAUGAUCAAGUUCGGGCAGCUGCCACGAGGGCCGAAGGAUUGGGUGGCGGACGCAGCACGUGAGCUCUUCUAUUCCAUCCCGCCGGUGCUCAACUUUGUUGCCGGUUGCAGGUUGAAGAGUGCGGUGAGGAAGUUUGAAGGAAUGGCGAACGAGGCAAAGGUCAGGGUGUUCUCUAAGGAAGACUCGAGCCAAUCCGAUGCCGCUCUGUUGCCUGCAAUCUUUUACGGAAGAGAGGAGAACAAAGAGGAGAUUAUUAGAUCGCUCAACCAUGGCGAACGAGUCGCCGUCAUCCCCAUAGUUGGCAUGGCGGGGACAGGGAAGUCGACUUUUGCUCGGUACAUUUACAGCGAUCAACGACGAAACUUUGACGUUCGAAUGCUCGUUGGUAGAAAUUUCAGUAAUGGAGCAGCAGCUCACCCACGUGUCAUCCGUGGUCGCCCUCUACCACUUUCUGAGCUGAGUGCCGCAAGAGGCCUCAUAGUAAGAGAAGAAGAACAAGACGAAUCCCAACCGCCGCUCGAUUUCGCAGUCACGGAUCGCGAAGGCCAUCCCUCCUUGCGACGAUUUGACAACGCAGAUCGGUUCCAGUCUGCAGUGGAGAAGAUUCGGCAAUCGCUGGUCGGCGUGAGAUUUUUGCUUGUUCUGCUGGACGUCAACGUGGCUCGUCCGAAUUUGUGGGAACGACUGAUGCAGGUCUUGCGUGAAGUGGGCGGGAACGGAAGUACGGUCAUCUUGACCACGACCGACACCGAUAUCGAGUCAACCACGCAGAGCAGACCUUCCUGCAGUUUGCCUUCCUUGACGAGAGAAGAAAGCUGGCGGCUGUUCAAAGAGCAUGCAUCGCUACACCACCUACCAGACAAGCAUCACUUUUGGAAUCCAUGGAUCAUCGAGGAGUGCCAUGGCCACCCGUUGUCGGUGAUCAUCAUGGCAAAGAAGAUGCGAUGCAGACCAGUACGUGAGUAUCUGCUGCCUGACCUCUCACAGUUUGGAGCUCCUCGAGUAAGUCAAGAUCUUCCUAGACUCUCUUCUGACCUGAAACGGAUGUAUGACAAGUUGACCUAUGAUCAUGAGCGUAGUCUAGUAUCAGAAAAGCUCCAUAAUUGCUUCACGUUCCUGUCGCUGUUCCCGGAAGAUCACCAUUUCUGCAGGGAGGAGAUCGUCGACUUGUGGGCUGCAGAAAACUCGAUGUCGCUGGAAGAGGCCGAUGGCUGCUUUGAGGCAUUCAUGCGGGAAGGCGCCUUCGUCCUCUGCGAGCCGCAGGACGAACAUGAUCAUGAAAGCACACCUCGCGGAGCGGCGUACAAACUGCGCGACCUGCUCCCCUACUUUGCACAGCACGUCAGCUCCAGAAAAGUCUACUUAACGCUGUCGCCUGGUUCCUUCGAUUUGCUGCAGCUUGACCAAGAUGACGACCCACGUAUCUGCCAACACCUGUCGUUUAUCUGCGAACCAGAGUCAUCAGGGUUUCCGACGGACCUGCUCUUCCAAGGCCCACCGUGGUGGCUGCGCACCCUUCUGCUGCUGGGUCCAUCAACCAAUGAGAAGUGCUGGGUCAGAGACAUCAAUGACGGUAAUAAGGCCAAAACUUUCCAGUUCUUGCGAGUGUUGCAUGUACGUGGAAUUACGUUCCGCGACUUGCUUCCUGGGGUUGAGAAGUCCAAAUUGGUUUACCUCAAUGUCUCACGAAGUGACAUCGAAGAACUCCCCGACUCAAUCGGCACCCUCAGUAAUAUAAAGAUCUUGAAGCUCUCUCACUGCGAGAAGCUUAGAAGAUUUCCGAAAACAAUCGAUCGGCUCCGACGCUUGGAGAAGUUGGACCUCGAAGGUUGUCUUUUACUUGCAGAGGUCUCAUUUAAUUGGGUUGGCAAACUCUCGAGACUGGAGUACCUCAACCUUUCACAAAUAGGCUUCAAGUCACUUAUUUCAUCCAUCGGUAAACUUCGAGGCUUGAAGACCUUGAUACUGGCUUACUGUCGGAGGAUUCAGAGGCUUCCAAAAUCAACCAGUAAGCUCCUAAACUUGGAGAAGUUGGACCUCGAAGGUUGUCAUUUCCUCGAGGAGUUGCCUGAAAGCAAACCGGAGAGCGUGAUGAAGAAUCUCAAGCUUUUGAACACGCUGCACUGUGCCUCGCUGAGCCGCAUGCCUUCGGAUGUGGGAAGAUUAUCCAGCCUCAAGAGUUUGCCAAGGUACAUUGCAAGUGAAGAGCCUGGACGAAGCUUCAUGGAGCUGCAGCCACUAAAAGACCUCGAAGGCGAACUUUGGUUAGAUAAACUCAACAACAUAGAGGACCCUGAAGUUGCUCGACAAGCCAUGAUAGAGAAGAAAGAGAAACUUCAAGCAUUGACACUGCGCUGGGAACAAUUCUAUUGGGACGUCAAAGAGAAUGCUCCUGUGGAUACGGUAAAGCUUGUGGCUGACGCCCUUCAACCGAACCCAAAUUUGAGGUCGCUGAAGCUGAUCCUCUACACAGAAGAGAAAUUACCUUCAUGGAUGACUGAAGAACCUCUGCCUCUUAAAUCUCUCCUCCGUAUCAGGUUGUUCACUCUGAAAAAAUGCAAAAGUCUACCACCACUCGGGGAAUUACCUCAUCUCAAGGUCGUCGAGAUAAGUGGCAUGGAUGCUGUCGUUGAACUGGAGGGCUCAUUUUAUGGCCGGAUUGGCACAUUUCCCUCGUUGGAGAGGCUCGCUCUUUCUCAAAUGCCGAACUUGAAGAGAUGGUCAAUGCCUGAGGACGAUGAUGCGGACGGAAAUAAUACUUACCGCCGGAAGCAAGUAAGGAAAAAUCUGUUUCCUCGUCUUGCUCAUGUCACGUUUAUGCAAUGCCCUAAACUUGAGCCACCCGAUCAUCCUCUCCCAUCCAUUACAACAUUGACAAUAUGGCUGAACAACGAGAAGCUCUAUCGCUCAGCAGCAGGUCUGAAAUCAAUGGCUAGCCAUGUCAAGAAGCUCUCCGUCUUCUCGUGCCAGGAUCUAUGGGCGUCCUCGACCUGCGAUGGAUUCUGGGGCCUGACCUCACUUGAGGAGCUUGAGAUCUCUGCAUGUGACAACCUGACAUGCAUGCCGGAGGGGAUAAACCAGCUCACCUCCCUCCAAAACCUAAAGAUAAUUUGCUGCAGGAGCAUGAACAGUCUACCGGAGUGGUUGAAUGAUCUCACUUCUCUCCGUUUGCUGUCCUUCUCUGCUUGCCCCGUGCUGCGUUCCAGGCCCAGAGGUCUGAAAAGAAGCCAUGGUCUCCGAGUAACCGUCGAAGGCUGUCCCUUCUUGAAAUAA